AUGAUGAUUUUUGGGGUUUGCUUGAAACAAAAACUUUUACAAGUUGCUGGCCCAAGUCAAACGACAAUCAACAUCCUCACAACAACCACAUCCAAAAUAAAAAGUACUUGUUACACUCGUUCAUGGAAUACAACAGGAAUAACUGUAGCUGGUUCUACAACCGGCACUGGUGGUUAUAUAUUAAAUCAAUUACUUGCUCCAUUUGAUUUAGUUAUUGAUAGUUCAUUUAAUAUUUAUAUUAGUGAUCGUAUAAAUCAUAGAAUCGUUAAAUGGCAACAAAAUGCAACAACAGGACAACUGUUUGCUGGCGACGGUACAGCGGCUAACCGUCGUAUACAAAAAUUUUCUUUAAAUUCAACAGUGACCCCAGUAAAUGGUACAACAGUCAUUGGUAAUACAAGUCAGUUAACCCGUCCGAUAGCUGUUGUAUUGUUAUUUACAUCGAAUUCAAUUCAAGGUAUUGUUUUUGCUGGAGGAAAUGGAAAUGGUUCUUUAUUGACACAAUUAAAUAACCCAUUUGAUUUGUUUGUUGAUCAAAAUUCAUCAACAAUCUAUAUUGCUGAUACAUAUAAUUUUCGUGUUGUUAAAUGGUUAAAAAAUGCAACAACAGGUGUACUAAUCGCCGGUGGUUAUGGCCAAGGUGGAAAUGCCAGUCAACUUUCUAAUCCAUCAGGUAUUAUUGUUGACCAAAAUGGUACGAUCUAUAUAGCUGAUUAUAUUAAUAGUCGUAUACAAGAAUGGCCAAUAAAUGCCACACAAGGAAGAACUAUUGCUGGUAGUUCAAAUGGUACCCUUGGUUCUACGUCAACUUUACUCUAUGGAACGUAUAAUUUUAGAUUUGAUUUAAAUAUGAAUCUCUACGUUGUUGAUAGUAGGAAUAGUCGAAUACAAAAAUAUAAUGUUAGUCAUAAUUCAUGUUAG